CUCUUUAAUAGAUCGGUUUGAUGUAGUCUAUAGUUUUUCAAAAUUGUAUUAGUUUAAUUGCAUUGUAAAAUUGUAGAUUUAAUGUAAGUUAAUAAAUUGAACAUUGUUUCUCACGUUUCGUGUACCAACAGUGAAAUCUUGAAAAAGACUGUUAAAAGUUAAAAAGGUGGAAAUCAAAAUUAUUAUAAUGGAUGAUGACGAUCUGGACGAUCCAAUAAGUUUGGAUCAGAUUGAAUCAAAUUUGUACCUGGGAAAUCUGAAAGCUGCUAAAGAUAUAAAUACUUUAAACAAAUACAAAAUCACACACAUCUUGACAAUAGAUACUUGCCCAUUGCCUAGGAACAUCAGGGACCUGAAUCACAUAACUAACAAAUAUCUCCAGCUCAGUGAUAUGCCCAAAGAGGAUCUCCUUAUACACUUUGAUGACGCUUACGAAUUUAUAACAGAUGGCAUGAAAAAUGGCACUGUUUAUGUUCACUGCUAUUUCGGCGUUUCCAGGAGCGCCACUAUUGUCAUAGCCUACUUGUUGAAGAAAUACAGCUUGACUUUCAUGGAGGCCUUCAAAAUGGCAAAGAAAAGAAGGGGCAUUAUAUAUCCCAAUCCAGGUUUUAUGAUGCAGCUAAAGCUUUAUGUGGAGAUGGGAUACAAGGUGAACAAGAAUUUUGCAAAGUACAAAAAUUUUCGCCUGUCAAUAGCUGCUGAUAAAGUGAAGAAGGCGAAGAUUCUUCCACAAGAUUACUUUGAUUUGAUCAAAGCUGAUCCAGGUUUGACUCAGAUACAGCCUGAACCAAAUGUGUACAGAUGUAAGAAAUGCAGAAGGGUAUUGGCAGGUGAAAGCAAUCUGAUUAUACACAUUGAUAAGACAGAGGACAAGUAUUGUACAAAAACCCAUUUCAUGGAACCCUUGUCCUGGAUGGCCGGCGUUACACAGAACACCCAGGGGAAACUGCAUUGCCCAAAAUGCAACAACAAAGUUGGGUCUUUCAGCUGGAUCAUGGGAUGCCAGUGUCCAUGUGGAUCACAGGUUGCUCCAGCCUUCUACCUGUGUCCAUCAAAAGUGGACUGGACCAAUGUAGUUAAGAAUGUUGAAUGCACAAUUUGAGCUUCCUGCUAAAAUACUAAGCAUAUUAUUAUACCAAGUUUAAAUGUUUUGUAUAUGUGUCUAUCCAUGUAUAAUAAAUGAUGAUCAAAAGAAA